AUGGCCUUCACCUGCUCAGACAUCCUCAAGAUCGUUCUUGCGGUCAUCCUCCCUCCCCUCGGUGUCUUCCUCGAGCGUGGCUGUGGUGCCGACCUCCUCAUCAACAUCCUCCUCACCUGCCUGGGUUACAUUCCGGGUAUCAUCCACGCCCUCUACAUCAUCUUGAAGUACUGA